AUGACAAUGGAUAUCCAAACGAAUCAAGUAAAUAAAUUAUCGCCUUCUAUCAAAGGCAACACUACCAUCGAUGCUCCUCCAAAGGCAAAAGUCAAGCGUUCAUUUGACGUCGCGUUCUUGAUGUUGUCUGACGACAAGAAAACCCGUCGGGAAAAGCAGUUUCGUGGGAUGGAGGAUACUCAAGUGCGUCCGACCGAGCUCACUGUACGUUCUGAUCUCACAGUUAGACCACUUCCGCCAACGGAGUUAUUAGAAGAACCUAAAAUCACCAACAACAAUAUCUCGCCAUCGAAGGUAGCAAGUGCUUACGAGGAUCACAUUGACGUCUCCGAUGACGUUCCCUCGUCUUUUGUGCGUCUCACGAAAAUUUAUGACGACCCCAUGUUGUCCGAGCCACCACGCAGUGCAUUUUCCAAAGUGCAUCACGGAACGCCAAAUCAUUCUCCGGUGCCACCAAUGUCUCCCGAGCAGUUGAGUUGCCCAUCUGCCAGUCCUCCGUCAAGUCCCUUGCAUGCCUCAUACUACCCCUUUAUCAAUGGAUCCGCUUUUCAAGCAAUUAAUCAGUCGCACACGGGCGAAAUAAAUAAAUUGAAACAACUCAUGUAUCACCAACAAGUGCAACAGCAACGACGCUCGCCACCGCAAAACACCCCCUCGCCAGACAUCCAAACACCGCCAACAACCCCAAACAUUCAAGCCACCUACAUGGGUCGUUCGCCGCCACCGCCAUACCCCUUUGCCGCCACAGCAUCACCUUUUCUCGCACAUCCACCGAAUCCAGCGACAAUUUUGUCAGCUCUCCUGCCCACAGCUAUCAGUCCUUUCCAAUUGACGGCACAAAAUGUCUGUGCCAAAUGCAACAUCAGUUUUCGCAUGACCAGCGAUUUGGUUUAUCACAUGCGAUCACACCACAAAAGUGAAUAUGCCCACGAUCCGAAUCGCAGAAAGCGGGAGGAGAAGCUAAAGUGCAGUGUUUGCUCGGAAUCUUUCCGGGAACGUCAUCACUUGACGCGACACAUGACGGCACAUCAGGACAAGGAAGGCGAUUUGCUGGACGGAACGGCGUUGUUGGAGUUCCAAGCACGAAAGAAGCGCAACAACAUGCAACAUUGA